GAACGCAAUAUAUCCCGAAGCAGGCUAGCGGGCACGUGGAGUCGUGACGCGCUCGCGAAUCCCAGCCACUUCCCCAUCCGCGGCGGUGGCUGCUGGCUGGUCUUCCCACUUCCACUCCAUCACGAUCGAUUCACUGUACGGAGUACUCUAAAUACAGAUACUCCGCAGUUGUUAAUUGCUCAAUUGCAUUUCUUGAUCUUGGUUUCACUAGCAACCGCUUAAGGAUUAUCUUAUCUUGCAAUAACAACAACAGAGAUAUUCUCGUUGGAUCGAUCCACACGCAAAUCUCGUCAUCCGACACACCCUACAUACACAAACAUCCAAAAUGAUGUUCGCUGCCCUCCCCAUGCAGCAACAGCAACAAUCACAACCACAACAACCACAUCAAUUCCAGCAGUCACAAUACCAACAACAGCAACACACCCCCACCCGCCCCUCUCCCCUCUCACCACACCGCACCCCAACCACCACCGCCGCCACGCAAUUCAACCUCAACUUCUCCAGUCCCUUCACCACAACCCCCAUUAAGUCCCCCUCCAAAUUCGAUCCGAUCUCCCCGUCCCCAACCCCACAACACCAACAACCCUCCAGCUACGCCCAGCGCUACGCAUCCACCAUCUCCAACCCCAUGACAAAGCACAUGAUGACGUCUGCGUCGCCCUCCGCGCGCCGAAACCUCUUCCUGAACCGGGUGAAACGGGCGCGUGAUGAGGGCCGGUUCGAGAACCGGGGCGAGCAGUUGGUGCUUAUGGAGCAUGUGGCGGAGGAGAAGAGGUGGGGGGAGGUGAUGAGACGGCGGGCGGAGAGGCUGGGGGGGUUUGGUGAGGAAGAGGAUGAAGUGGUGGGGGAGGAGGGUAUACCUGAUGACAUGGACGCGCAUGCUCUAGAUGAGUAUUUGCAAGAACAAGCGGCGGAGAUGGAACGGUUGGAGUAUUUGAAUGAUAUGUAUGAUGGACCGCAUCGACAGCAGUCUGAUGGUGGUGGUGGUGGUGGUGGCGCGGGUGCGGGUGCGGGUGCUUCAUUCAGUGAUGAAGAAUACGAUGAUCUAUUUAUGGAUCUGGCGGAGCAUCAGCCUCAUACUCGCGGGUCGGGGCAGGAGUUUGCACAUAGUCAGGAUAUGGAUAUGUCGUGAUUUUAUGACGGUGUAUAUGUUUGGGGGUUGGGUUUGGGGUAUUGUCGCGGGCCGACGGGAUGACAUUGACAUUGACACUGACGUUGAUAAUUGGAUUGGGAUGGGAUCUUACUGGAUCCUACUAGAUAGGUAAGGAUAGCAUGGUCUGGCGUUCGUUGGCUGGGGCAGCAUAGCAUUGAACCCAUUCCAGGGUCUGAUUAUGCGGGCAUGUAGGUAUAUAGGUAUGUAUUUGGUACGCCAACAUAAAAGGCCAGUCAAAGAAUGGCCUGGAUAAUAUAGUCACAUUGAGAAC